GGCAAGAUUAUACUUUUAUUAUCUCGAUUUAAAAACAGUAUUAUUUGCUACUUAAAUGAUAUAACUUUAAUGCUAUGAUAUCGAUUGUUAAUGAUAUGAAGUCAUAGUCAUUCUUAAAUGUCAUAACUUAGUGAUUUGGAAAUGAUAGAUAAUCAGCAUUUACAAUAUUUUUUGUGUUCUAUGCAGACAUAAUUAACUUUGAUAUUCAUUUGAUAUAAAUAUUUGUUUUAAUCAUCUGUAAGUUGUAAGAACAGUAUUAUUGGAGUCUAUCACCAUGAAUUCGAUUAAAGUUUUUUCAUUCGAUGAAUACAAUGUAUUGAUUUCAGCUCUUGUCACCAUCGGUAUUCAGUUUUCUUUUUUCAUUGUUGCUGCUACAUGCAGAUUUGACAAAGUAACAGAUUUUGCUGGAGGAAGCAAUUUUAUUAUUUUAAAUGUGCUCACUUUUUUCUUAUCCCAUACUUACUAUAACCGACAGAUUGCUAUUUUUGUGUUGGUUUUACUUUGGGGUUUUCGAUUAACUGGUUAUCUAUUUUAUCGAAUUAUUAAGAUAGGCGAAGAUAAAAGAUUUGAUGAUAAAAGACAGGAUCCUGUCAAGUUUGCUGUUUUUUGGAUAUUGCAAGCUAUUUGGGUGUUCACUGUUAGUCUACCUGUUAUAUAUAUUAAUGCUCCUAAAUCAGACCAAAUACUUCAAGUUACAGAUUAUGUUGGAUUUAGUAUUUUUUUAUUGGGUUUAUUAAUUGAGGCUGUAUCUGACCAGCAAAAGUUUAGUUUUCGUAAUAACCCUAGUAACAAAGGUCUUUGGUGCAAUGCUGGUUUGUGGUCUUGGUCUCGCCAUCCCAAUUAUUUUGGUGAAAUCCUUGUCUGGUGGGGUUCAUUCAUCAUUAGCAUAGCAGUUAUCCGUGAAAAUAAACAACUAUGGACAUCGAUUAUGAGUCCUUUAGUGACUAUGUUGUUGCUGCUCUUUGUAAGUGGUAUACCUUUACUGGAAAAAACUGCUGAUGAAAAAUUUCAUUUAAAUGCUGACUACGUUAGUUACAAGCUUCAAACAAGUCCCUUAAUAUUAUGUCCACCGUUUCUUUAUUCCAGAAUGAACAGAAUCCUCAAGCUCAUUUUUUGUUUUGAGUUUCCUUUUUACAGUAAAUUAGAUAGCGAGGAUUACAAACGAAUUGAUCCUUGAGAUAGGCGUGACAUCAAAAUAAAUAAAGUUAGGAAAGUUUACGAAAUUUGAAACUUUGACCGAGUAGUUCAAAUCUAAAUUGUUUUUUGAAAUGUAGUUUUCUUAUUAUAGUUUUGUAGUUUUGCAAUUGUCAAAAAUUAAUAUUGAUUGUACCAUUAAUAAAUAUAUUUAACUA